AUGGCCGCGAUACUGGAGGGGUGGGGAGCUGACGUGCUCCGGGGCCUUCUGAGCACUCCCGGGUUCCCCUAUAGGGCUUCUCUUGUCUCCAUCCUAUAUGGGGGUAGGGUCUCUGUAGGAUGUUUGCUCCUGCCACGGGGUCCGCACUGGGUUCUCCCGUCGUGGCUCCAUCCCUCCCACGCGGGUAUCGUUGCCCGGGUGAGUGCUGUAUGUCUGUUCCCCUUCUCCGGUGUGAUUCCUGAGCCCGCUGUCCCACAGAACAUGUCGCCGGACGAGGAUGUACAGCGGCUCCUGAUCCAGUUCCGGGACGAGGCAGGGGAGACCCUGGGCUCCCCUUUUGACGUCCCUGUCACCAUCACCCCAGACAAGCUGCAGUUGGUCUGCAAUGCCCUCCUGCAGAAGGAUGAGCCGGUGCCCUUGGCUUUCUUUGUCCAUGAUGCUGAGAUCGUGGCAUCGCUGGAGAAGACCCUGGUGGGGCAGAGUGUGGAGACAGAGAAGGUCCUGGACAUCAUCUACCAGCCGCAGGCAGUGUUCAGGGUGCGGGCAGUGACCCGCUGCACCAGCUCGCUGGAAGGACACACCGAGGCUGUCAUCUCUGUGGCCUUCAGCCCCACGGGAAAGUACCUGGCCAGCGGCUCUGGAGACACCACUGUCCGCUUCUGGGACCUCAGCACGGAGACGCCACAGUUCACAGCCAAAGGUCACCGGCACUGGGUGCUCAGCAUUGCCUGGUCACCUGAUGGCAAGAAGCUGGCCUCGGGCUGCAAGAACAGCCAGAUAUUUCUCUGGGACCCAGCCACCGGCAAUCAGAUCGGCCGGGCGCUCACCGGCCACUCCAAAUGGAUCACAUGUCUGUGCUGGGAACCACUCCACAUAAACCCAGAGUGCCGGUACCUGGCGAGUGCCUCCAAGGAUGGCAGCAUCCGCAUCUGGGACACCCUGCUGGGCAGGUGUGACAAAAUCCUCACCAGCCACACACAGUCUGUGACGUGUGUGAAGUGGGGGGGCGAUGGUUUGCUCUACUCCUCCUCCCAGGACAGGACCAUCAAAGUCUGGAGAAGCCAGGAUGGGGUCCUCUGCCGCACCUUGCAGGGCCAUGCUCACUGGGUCAACACCAUGGCCCUCAGCACCGACUACGUUCUCCGCACCGGUGCCUUCGAACCUGCUGAGGCCACCAUCAACCCACAGGAUGUGAGAGGCUCCUUGGUAGAACUGAAGAAAAGGGCACAGCAGAGGUAUGACCAAGUCCGGGGCCAGGAACCAGAGAGGCUCGUCUCAGGGUCAGAUGACUUCACGCUGUUUCUUUGGAGACCAGCAGAAGACAAGAAGCCACUGGAGAGAAUGACAGGCCACCAAGCAUUGAUUAACCAAGUCCUCUUCUCGCCAGACACACGGAUAAUAGCCAGUGCUUCCUUUGACAAGUCCAUAAAGCUCUGGGAUGGUAGGACAGGAAAGUACCUGACAUCACUGCGGGGCCACGUCUCAGCUGUGUACCAGAUCUCCUGGUCGGCCGACAGCCGCUUGCUGGUGAGCGGCAGCAGUGACAGCACGCUGAAGGUCUGGGAUGCCAAGACAAAGAAACUGGCCAUUGAUCUGCCUGGCCAUGCAGAUGAGGUGUAUGCGACAGAUUGGAGCCCGGAUGGCCAGAGGGUAGCAAGCGGAGGGAAGGACAAGUGCCUGCGGAUAUGGCGUCGAUAGGAGCAGCAACACGAAGCCGCUGGUGCCAUCCUGAGCUGUCCUGUCCUCAGCACAGUCUGCCUGGGACGUCUGAGAGGGGAUGGACGAUGGAGGGUGACCCAAGCACAACUCCCACUUCCUGGUGGCUGCUCUCCCUCAUGGACUCUUUCCUUAUAUUUAUUUAAGGAAAUUUUAAUUAUGGUUCUUAUUAAGAGCUGUGCUUUUCAGGAUGAUUUCCUCUGAACAUUACAGGAGAGGUCUCUCAUCUGCCUCCAUCUCAACUGGCUUUUAAUUGACAUCUUUGCCUUACAGCAGCCUACUUCCUUGAAAGGGGCAGUUGAAGGGUGGGAAUGGCUCAUGUGUGAAGAAUCCUGUAGAGAGGAGUCUCUUAGUGGGAACAGAAAGGGUCAUCCUUCUGUGACUUUCAGAGAGGGAGAGAGGAAGGGGAAAAUGCAGCACAUCAUUACAUAGCAGAACUGUUCUCAGCUGCAUGCCUGGGACAAAGAUCUGCUGAGAACAAGGUCUUGGGGCUUCUCGUUGUGCCAGCAAGGUUUUGCCUUUUCACUUAGCCCAGUUCCCUGUGGGCUGGGCCAGGCAUUAUCUUUUAGUGAUCCUCUGCAUCCAGAGCAGAUAAUUCAUUCACUCAUCCAUUCAGCAUGCAACAGGCACAGACCUCAAAUGACUGUUAGAGCUGUGCUGAGUUUUCAGCUCUUAGUGGCUCCUGGAAAUGGGAAGAUGAGACACUCGUGCCUCUGACCAGGGGAGAGAGCGCCCAUUUCCCAUCCACUGCUGGCUCAGGGGGGAAGGA